GUUGAUUGCAAUUGCUAAUUUGCCACAUACUUGAGCAAUUUUCACUGCAUUUGUUCACGGUAGGCGAUGAAAUGGUAGGCUGGGCCAAAACUGAUAAAAACCAGCUGCUACAGGUAAAUUCAUCUUAUUAGUAGUGAUUCUCUCUGUAAAUCAUUUGGUAGAGUCCAAAGCCGUGAUGAUGUUGUUUUUCCUUUAUAACUCUUCCACUCUGGUGAUUAUCACUAUUUACAAAGUAAGUUGGAGCACAUCCCUCGUUAUAUUUGCUCUUGAUUUAUCCUAUGAAGGACAUGAUACAUCAAUUUCUCCAGAAAAAGGUUGUUGCAAAUGUGAGACUAGGUUAUUUUUGGAUCAGUGGGAAUAAUAGCUUUUACCUGUUUUAUCACGAAGGUCGAUGCGGGUAGGGUUGGAUCAAGCUUGUGAACAAGGGAAUUGCAACUUGUUUGGUGCAAGCAUUGGUAAAAGAUGCAAUGCAAACGAAUAAGCUGUUUGCAACUUAUUUUUUUUAGGAUUAGCUGUUAUACUUUACACCAAAGUUUGUGAAAGUGUUAUCGAGUGCAUGAACUUGAGCACAACUUGAAGUAGUUAAUCGAAGUUCAACAACUUGAGCACGCUCCCCUUUUAUGCAAAGGGUUAUAUGCAUGUUCUUUGAUGUUCUUGUUAACUGAAGCACAUUUUUAUGUGGUACUCCAGCCAGUAUCUACUGUACAUUGUUAUUGGGAACAUUCAUUGGAGUCUAUUGACAUGUUCCUUGAAAGGUAUCCUUUCUAGAUUAUGGAUUUAUGCUGGUUUCUUGGAAGAUCUCGUUCGGAGUGGAAACAAACUGACUUCUUCUGUCGGAUCGUGUAAUGUACAUGUUUCAGGUCGGGCAUGUCAUCGCAAGGCACCGUGUGGAGAGGAAGCGGAACAAAUUUUGGGUCUCCGUCCUUGCCAACUUUGUUGAGGAGCUCCUCUAUGUUCCGGUCGAUAGGAUCCCGCACGCUGAGUGGGUGUCCCUUUUUAUGCGGAAUUUCCUCCACAGAACGGAACUAGAGGCAGACCGCAUCGGCCUCAUGCUGCAGGCUGCGGCAGGAUAUGACCCACGUGCAAACCCGAACUUCUGGGAGGCACUCAUGAAGUUUGGAAAUGGGGAGGGUACUACACAUCCACCGUUGCAGAGGCGCGCGGCGGAAGUUAGGCAGGAGAAAGUGAUGGGGGAGGCAUUGGAGGUGUUCCGUGAAGCCGUACAACGACAUGUGCAUGCAUAGCCUUUAAGGCUUAAGCUCCCUUCAAAGAUAUUUCUUUUUCUUUUCUAAGAGAGUCUUUAACGAGAAAUUACUAAUGCGAUAGCCGACAUCAUGAAUGGUUAUCUCAUGGCAUAUGGAUGUUUAUUAUUUCAAUGUUAAAAAUUUAAAAUUUGCAUGUUUAUCACA